GGAAACUAAGAGGGGAUGAUGCAGGAGGUAGAGAAACACGCUCUCGGUACAACCCUCAGUCGGGAUGCCGGUCGCGCACCCUCUCGUCCAUCCUGUACCGCGAUGAUCAGUGAGCAACGUGUCCAACGUGUCCCGAGAACCGCGCGAGGCCGACUCCGGCUGUUGACUGGCGCCGUGCUGCUGUCCAUGAUCGCGGGAAGUGCAUGGACCGACAACCCCGUCACAUCCGAGGGACCGAGCUUCAGCGCACCAAUAACAAACGUGACGGUCCCAGUGGGAAGAGAAGCUACCCUCUCCUGCGUCGUGGCGAACCUUUCUACGUACAAGGUGGCAUGGCUGCGGGUGGACACGCAAACCAUCCUGACGAUAGCCAAUCACGUGAUAACGAAGAAUCACAGAAUCGGCGUCACGCACAGCGAGCACAAAACGUGGCUGCUACAUAUACGUGAUGUCCGCGAGAGCGACCGAGGGAACUACAUGUGCCAGAUAAACACUGACCCGAUGAAGAGUCAGAUUGGUUAUUUGGAGGUUGUAGUUCCACCGGAUAUUUUGGAUUAUCCCACGAGUACGGAUAUGGUAGUAAGAGAGGGCAGCAAUGUUUCAUUGCGUUGCGAAGCAACAGGGUCACCAAUGCCAAACAUCACCUGGAGGAGGGAAGACGGCGAGUUAAUUAAUCUCGGAAAAAAUCAGGAAGUGGCCAGCAUUGAUGGACCGGUCUUCAAUAUUACGAAAGUGAACAGGUUGCAGAUGGGAGCGUACCUUUGCAUCGCAUCCAAUGGCGUACCGCCAACGGUCAGCAAGAGAAUUAUGCUCGUUGUACAUUUUACCCCAAUGAUUUGGAUUCCAAACCAAUUAGUGGGCGCUCAAGAAGACCAGCAAAUAACGUUGGAAUGUAAUUCCGAGGCGUUUCCCAAGUCCAUCAAUUAUUGGACACGAGACAACGUCAUCAUAACAAACGGUGAGAAGUACGAGCCAUCCUUCUCGGACAAUGUAUACAAAGUGCACAUGAAGCUCAUGAUACGCUCUAUCGCGAUGUCCGAUUACGGCAACUACAAAUGCAUAUCUAAGAAUUCCCUCGGCGAAACGGACGGCAGUAUCAAGCUCUAUCACAUACCAACACCUACCACGGAACCGACGACGACGAGCACGGUGCCCGUUCCCACUACCGUGGAUCCAGUGGAGAAUAUCCAGUGGUCGCGACAAAAGCCCGUGCCCAGUCUAGAACCGAGCUCUAAUGAAAUAACCGACGCAUCUCUGUCGACCGCCGUGAGAAGCGAAGAAACGCGACUCCAUGGCGGAUCGAGUCACGAGGAGAGCCACGAGGAUGCGGAGAACGACAUCGACACUGACAGCCACAAAAGCGCCGACAGCGAUGUCGGGCAGCGGAGACAAUACGACAAUACGGCGCAAUCGAUGUCGUCUAAAAGCAGCACGUGGCAUCGCGUCGCGCGAUCCAGCGCAGCGAUUUGCAUAAUCGUGCUCUCCGCCCUGUCGUAGUCAUCGCGCAGCGAGGAUGAUUGAGUCGAUGUCCUUCCAACUGCAGCAUAAAUCCUGCAAUCUUUCCUCAACCGCGCAAGGGAUCAAUUGAACGACGAAUUAAGGGCAAAUAGCGUAGACUCAUUGAAGGAUCUGCAGCUAUUAACGACCGAAACGGGAAAGCCGAUUAUCACACAGUGGGACUGUGAAUUUAUCUUGUCUUCGUUAGAUGGGCGACACAUUACUCGUUAUAAACCCUCGCGCUAUCCUUUUUCUCUCCGUCGUUUAAUUUUUUCAUAUUAUUAUACAAGCAUGGGAUUUAGAAUGACAAAAGUAAGAUCUACAAAAAAUAUCACAGAUAUGAAGAAAGGGAGGAAAAAGAAAAAUAAAUUAAUGAAUUUUAUCAUUUACAUAUGUAACAAAUGUAACAAAUGUAACAAAUAUUGCAUUAUAGAUUUGAUACAAAAUUAUAAACCAGAGUUAUUUUGAUUGAUAGGGCUAAUGUUACGUUUACAAUGUUCAACUGUAACUAAUUGCAUUACUGACGAGAGGUAAUUAAUAGAAUUCGAGCGAUAAUGUACUUAACACACUGCCAAGUAAGAAUUAAUUCGUAGUUGACAAUCUGUAGAUGAACAUCAACUAUUUCAAUUUAAUGUUUUUGAGAGGAAAAUAAAAAUUCGAUUGUGAGAUUUUGACAAAAAAGUAAUCGAGCAUAUCAAAAUCACGUGUUGAUAUAAAAAAAAUGACAUGCGGUACAAAAUUACCUAAUUGUACAGUGGCAGUUGUUAAUAUCUGCAUCGUAUUAAUGUCGAUGUUUUAUUCGUUCAAUUCAAGUUAAACGCGAAUCAUUUGUUUACUUUUAAUUUCUAUCAAAGUUCUUCCCGUCUUUCGUAAAAGAUCGAUAACCAUUCCAAAUCUCUUCGACGUGUCAGCGGAUUUUCGAAGUCAUCGCUAUCGGACGUAUCCUGGAAAUGACGACAGCGUGACAACCACUUUCCUUAUCUGAUUCCACCAAAUCCUUCUUUCCAAUCUUUCUUCUAUCGGCAGAGGCUUUCAAAUCGUGAGCAUCGUUAGCGAAACGAGAUCUCCCAAUUUCCCCCAAAAGGUUGAUUUUUCUUUUUGUGUGCGUGUAGCUUAUCGAAAAGAGGUUUGGUUCGCAUUCGACUAUUAUAUAAGAAGAUGGAUAAUAAUAUUUUCUAAAAAAUCUAAAGAUGUAUACGUAUCACAUUUAUUUUUUGUCCCCAUAAUCUUUGUAAUGUGUGACUGUUAGAAAGAAGAUAUUACAUCAGAAUUGAAACGAAGAUGGAAAUUUCUCUUGUAAAAUAUGUAUUGAAUCACGUUUUUUUAUCAUUUAUCCGUUUUUAGAUUUUAGCAAAAAUUCGGCCUACUUGAUUGAUAAAUAAAUAACAAUCCCCAGUGAUGUAAAUGCGCGUAGAGAUUUAUACUAAAAUGUUACUAAUGAAAUUCAAUAAUAAUUUACAAUAUUUGUCGUACGAUUAUUUAUCAAUAUUUCCGUAUAUUUAUUGAGUUUGCAUAGAAUGUUAAUGCUCACGAACAUAUAUUGAAAUCAUUCAUUGAGAAUUAUUUUCAUAUAGCUGAUGGAGCUUCAUUAAUUCAUAGAGAAAAUAGUUAACCAUUUGCACAUUCCUAUACUGCCUUUAAUAACUGUAGUAACACAUUAACUGACAAGGGAAAUUCAGCUCACUUUUAAUCAUGAAGCUAUUGUAUUAAAACGCUCGUGACAACAAAUAAAAUAUUAAAGCACAAAUCGACUAUUAGCUAGACAGAUCAUACAUAGUUGAUGAAGCUCCAAAUAUUUUCAGUCAGUUAUUUGUGACUGACACAGUAAUCGAUAUGUUAACAUCACAAUGUGUGUGUAUGCAAUGGUAACUGUAAAAUUAUAAAAUCUCCAGAUUAUUUUUAUUGUAUGCGCCAUCUGUUUUAUUUUCUAUUCAAAUAUAAUUGUCAAUGCAGAGGGUUAAUCAAUCUAUUAGGUUAAAUAAAUGUAUAAAAUAAUGUGUAAGCAUAGCAAUUAGUGUGAUGUGUGUGAAACUCGAAGAGUGACUCGAAAACGAUGCAUCAAAUGCAACGAAAUAACUGGGACUUGUAAAUUUACAAGGAUUAAUCAUUUGCAUAUAUUUGUAAAUAAUGUUGCGAUGGUAUGGAUAUAUUUCCAUGAUAUUAUCGCUGUACUAAUUGUACUGAUAAAGUUUUGUAUAUAUUAAGUCUCCUCGAGUGCGUAAGAAAUAAGAGUGUGAGUAGUUGUCGACGUUUUUAUAUAUGUGGAUGUUUCUGCAGAUGAAGUUAUUGUAUCCCCGACGCGCGUAUAAAGACGAAAUUUCAGAUAGAAGAAAUAUCUGAAAGAAAAGAUAUUGUUCGUUUGCGUUAUAGUAAUUAGAAUGAAAUCGCAGUAAAUAUAGUUUUGAGUUUUAGCUGGAAACGUAACGCAUGUAGUUACACGCAGUAAAAUGCGAUCAUUAAGUUACUUUCAUGAAAUAAUUUUCGAAUAAAAAAAGAUUUAUAUUGAUUAAAUCGAAAUUAAUAAUUUGUAUUUUCUUGUUGAAAAUAUCUGACAAUUUUACUUGUAUUUUUUAUCGUACUGUUAAUGAAUACAGCGAUUCGAUAACAAUUUGAAACUCGCGGUUUAGAAGAAUGGAGCCUCUGUAGUGCGUCUUCACGUCGUGCAUGGUAAGUUUUACCAGCAUCGGGAAAAAUAGAGCAUUAUUUGAAACGUCAAGUGAUUAGGUACUUAUGUGUUUACAUUGACGUGAAAUAAUUCAACGUCCGCUCAAUAAUACAAUCGAAUUUUGGGAAUUAAUUUAAGUACACUCGAACUCCUCGAUAUAAAUGAUAUAUGUCACGACUCUCAGGAGCUCUUGGAAUCCAAAUGUAAAUAUUAAGUACAAAACAACAAAAGUACCAUUACGUACUGUAAAAUGAAUGGAAUUGUUGUAAAUAAUUACAAUCAGCUUUGUAUGUUGUUAUAAAGUGGUACACGAUCUAGUAUAAAAACAUAGUUUCUUGUUCACACAAAACAUAACUUAACGCGUGCAUGUGUUUCAAUAAAAAUAAUAUUAAUUAAUUGAGAAUUUCAAAUUAUUAUCAGUUUUCUUUAUUUCUUUUCGUUUUUUAUACAUUGAAUGUUUUAGUUAUAAGCAAUAUUUUAAAAUUUGAAGUUUGCGACUAAGAACAUUUAAUUGAUGUAUAGGUCUAAAGUUAUAUGUAUCAUUUUAUAAGCGUAUUGUUAACUUGUUAACUAGUGAUCAAUAAAAGAAAUUAUUAAUAAUUAAAUAUCGUGUAUCACUUAAAAUUAAAUUUUUGUUAGCCCUAACACUUGUCGACGAGAGAAGGAUCAAUUUCAGUGAGCUUAUUGCCGCUUUAUAGACAUUGAUAUUCACAGAAUUACUUUAAAUAAAACUUUGAAAAAAAUUAAACAAAAAAAAACGCAAAAUGUAUUGUAAAAAGAAUUAUGUUUGUUUCUAUUGUUAUAAUAGUAGAGAUGAAUAAUGUUGUAAUUGAAUGAACGAGAGUGCAAAUGGAAUGAAUAAAUAUCGGUUGUUCAAUUUACUUUAUAUAAAUCCUAUCUCACGUUUAAUUAAUUUAUGAGUUUGUGUUCUUCGAUAGUCCUUUGUAUAAUAAAAUUAAUUAAAUAAUUUGUAGCACAUAAAAUUAUUAUGUACUAUUUAAGAUAAUAAUAUAAAAUAGAUAAAUUUA